UUGCAAGCUAUUUCCGUCCUCUCGUUCAAUGAUAUCUUCCCAUCGUUUCUCUCAGGUGCUCCAAUUGGCACAACGCCGGCUUUCGUCGCACUUUAAUCCUCCGUUAUGGCCGAGGAAUUCCAGGAGGAAGUUCUUGGCGAGCAGCCUGCAGCACCCGGCAUUGAUGUCGAAAUGGACGAGGGCGAAGGCGAAGGAGAAGAGGCCGGCAGCGCUAGCGAGCUUCCAUUUGCUGAGGGCGGCGAUAUCGAACCGCGAGCUACCUUCAUCAGCUACCUAACUAGUCCCGUCGUGACCUUGCUCGUCGGCAUUGGCGAGGCUGAGACUAUCCUCACGGCGCAUCAGGCGCUCCUGUCCAAGAGCCCCUACUUUCUCGAGUAUUGCUCGUCAUUCAGCGAUGAUGGAAGCCCCCGCCAGGUCGACCUGCCCAACGAAGAAAUUGACGCUGUCGGAUCCUUCCUCGAAUUCCUGUAUACUGGCGACUACUUCCCCAGGAAGCUGCCCGGCCAACGAAUCCUGGAGAGCGACCCCUCCAUCCCUAGCGUUGACGAGUCUGGCGACCAGCUUCUGAAACACGCCCGUGUCUAUACAUUGGCUGAUAAGUUCGGCGUCGAGAAGCUCAAGAGCCUUGCGAGCAGCAAGAUUCACUGUGUCAACUCGACAGCCAAGGGCGAGAUUGCGUAUGCGCGCUACGUCUAUGCCUACACCAGCAAGGAAGAUACGUCAAUCCGUGCCCCCGUCGCCAAUUUCUGGGCCACCCGAAGUCACACUCUGCGUUCUGAGGCCGAGGAAGAGUUUCGCAGCCUUUGCUUGGAGCACCCCCAGUUUGGUUACGAUGUGCUCACCCGUGUGCUGGACGAGAAGCUCAAGCGCGAAAACCAGUCCAAGAUGCACCCGGCCACCGGAAGCGCCCGCAAGCGCGCGCGACACAGCAAUAUAUAAUUUCACCAAUAAUCAACAC